AUGGGCCCAAGUAAGGAAGCAGCAAGGGUUGCUUCUGGGCGACACACGGACAACGGCUUCGGUGGACGAGCUGCACGAAGGAAAAUGGAGGGCGACGUGAGCGUUGUUGCUGCGCAGAUUGGAGACGUGUGGCGAGAGGCAACUCGCUGGAUCCGCCGAGGUGAAGACAAUCGUGAGAGGAACACAGGCCGGGAAGAGGUUGUUGCGAGGUUUAAGACUUUGACUGGGCUGCAGGACUUCUUUCUGGAGAUAGAUGCUGCCAACCAACCCAUGUAUGUCACCAACGAGGCAUUCUAUCAAGUGAUAGCACGAGAGGCAUGUUCAGAGGGACGAUCUCAAUUUUUCGUGCUUCCUCGUGGUUCUCACGGAAGAAAAUGCAACAUCAACAUCGCGUUUUCUCCACUUAUUACGGCAGAUAUGCAAUGUCCUGGCACUGAUGCCACCUACAGUGCUGGAGUUGGAGUGGCUUGGAAUGCGGAUGUGGAGCUUGCAGGAUCCAUCACAGGACGUUUGACCCUUGCAAAGUCUAAAGACAGUUACCUGCUUAACUUAUCACUUCCAGGGAUGUUGCAACCUUUAGCUGUGAUUUUGACAUGUGAUUUUGACAUGGAUGGCGAGGUCAUGAUCGAAGGAGAGAUUGCAACCGGUGGGAACACGGUUGAGAGCAGACCAGAAAGCCUUGGUCCACCUGGACACUUCUCUCUCCGUUUUCAGCUACCCAGUCGUGUCUAUCCCGGACGGUCCAACUGCAACUUUGGCUCAGAUGGGAUCUUCGAAGAAAUUGUGAAGAAGCAUAUAUGA